AUGUCCGAUCCAAUAAACGCAAACCCGAAAGUGCUAGAUAUCCACUCCCUCCCUACGCGGUCCACCGCCGAGCCGGACUCCCAGAAAGGGCAACUUCUCAAAUCGCAAAUCUCGUCGCUUUCCCUCUUCCUCCCCCACCUCGACUCAUCCGAGCCUUCCUCCGACAUUUCGUCCGUCUCGUCAUCAGCAUCAUCGCUAUCACUAUCAUCGCCCGCAGAAAAAGAAGAACAGGAAGAAGAAGAGGACGAGGAGGAAGAGCCCAUAGACGAGCAAGAGAUAUUCGAUUUGAUAUCAACGAUAUCCGACCCCGAGCACCCGCUCACGCUAGCGCAGCUCGCAGUGGUGAACCUCGCCGACAUCGCCAUCGAGCACGCGGGCUCCAAAUCGCGCAUCUCGCAGGUCACCAUCAGGAUCACCCCCACGAUAACGCAUUGCUCGCUUGCUACGCUUAUUGGCCUCGGCAUCAGGGUCCGUUUGGAGCGGAGCUUGCCUGCGCGGUUCAGAAUCAGGAUCUUGAUCAAGGAGGGCACGCAUCAGAGCGAGUCGCAGGUGAAUAAGCAGUUGAAUGAUAAGGAGCGAGUUGCUGCUGCGUGUGAGAAUGACCAGUUGUUGACUGUUAUUUCUCAGAUGUUGAGCAGUUGCAAGUGA